AUGGGCAUGUGGGAAGCUGAGGCGGUACGUAUCAUACUGGGAAUCAUUUCGUUUUUCGGUCUUAUCUUGAACAGUAUGGGCAUAUUUGUUCUAUUCCGUUGUCAAAUCAGUUCCAAACUGACCACCUCGUUGAUGCGCAGUCAGGUAGUGAUUGACUGUUACGCAUGUGGAAUUCUGUUCAUCUCCAAAGCAGUCGGACCCAGGUACAGCACCCCAUGGGAAACGUUCAACAAAAUUCUAUGCUAUUCAUGGUUUCGUGACAAUCUGUUCUGGUUAGGUGCGGUAAUGAGUGUGCACAAUAUAGUAUGCAUUUCAUUUGAUCGAUUGGUUGCCGUGGUCUCACCCAUUUUCUAUAAACUACACCAAAGGGGUCUACUCAUCGGUUGCUACAUCUAUCUGGUCUCGAUGAGUUUGUUCUUGUUUAUUCCCAAUUGUCUGCGUCGACGUUUUGUCAAUUCCACCUGCGAGUCUGAGUUCGCAAUCGACGAUAUCGCCACGUUUUUCGCGGUCCAGUCGUAUUUUUGGUUGUUUUGCAACUACAUGCUCCCCGGACUGUUCAUUAUCACGUGUCACGCAGUAGUCAUUCGAUUUGUCUACCAAUCCCCAUUGAAUAUUCACAACGAGGAUGGGAGCACGCAACGUUCGCCCACCGGCCGACGAGUGAAAAUGUUGUUCAUCACCACAGCCACAAUGGCUUCCAUGUUGUUACUUUUCCACGCCUAUGAGGCGGUACGCUAUCUCCUGUCCAAUGUGGGCCUGAUUGACUACGCGUCCGGGUCACCGCAACAACAAGUCGGGAUCGGUCUGAUCAUUCUCACAUGCACUCUGAAUCCGGUCAUUCUGAUCAGUACGACGAGCACAUUGAGACAUUUUGCCCGUUCCUACGUGAUGAAACUCCUGUUCCGUAUCAAUGUCUCACGAAACAUGUCCUCUUCGGUCGCCUCGGUGACGGAAUUGUGA